UAGAAAAAGAAAAAAAAAAUUGACGCAGGCAGAGCACAAUUGUAGUAACCCUAAAUUCUCUCAUCCGUAGCUUUCGGACGAAACCAUGUGUGAUCGUGAUCAUCCGCAGCCAUCCGACGAAACGAUAUUCGAUUGCGACGAAGCCACGUAUAAGAGCCUCUAUCCGCUGAUUUUUUACAAGGAUGGUAAGACGUGUGUGUUUUGGGAUGUGGAGGAUUACCCAAUCCCAGAUGGUCCCGAUCCUGCUUCGAUUUACCAAAGUAUGAAAGAGGCUGUAAAGAAGCAUGGUUGUGAUGCGGAGGUGACGAUUCAUGCUUAUGCUGAUAAUAAUACGGUUUCCGAUGACUUGACACGUCAAUUUUUGGAUGCUGGAUUCGAAUUCGAAGUCUUUACCGAAGAGUGUAAAUAUGCGAGACAUUGCGCCAUGUUUUGUGACGUUAUGUUGUGGACACUGGAAAACCCGACACCAUCAAAUGUGAUUGUGCUCGCAAACAUAAUCGAAGACGACUUCGGUUAUGGUAUCGGAUUUUUGUCUACCGUCUGGUCAUAUGGUGUUCUCUUAUCCCAACCUAAGCGAAAAUGGUUUUUGCCUAUUGGAAGCGCACCCUCGUUUUUGACAAGCAUAUUUGAUGGAGGAGAGGAGAUAUUAGCGGAAGCUCACAAGACAAUAUUAUAAGCGGAAGCUAAGCUAGCGGAUACUCUGCCUGAUUCCGAGUAGUAACUUUUUGUAUAUCUAUCUAUCUCAAUAGGGAUGUAGGAUGUUCUAUGUUAUUGUCUUGGUGCUUAAUAUAUAUAUAUAUAGUUAGAGAUGUCAAGCUUUUGGAUGUGACGAGGGUUGAAAACGUUUUUAUUAUUGUCUUUCUAUAAUACCGAUGUGGGUUUGGACA